CGCCCGAGCGGAGCUCGCCGGUGCUUGGGCGACCAUUUCACAGCACACUGCGACCGACGGCAGAACUUCUGUGGCCAAGGGCCAGAACAGAAACCCUCGACUGAUUAACGCGAUAACGUUCAUGUAUACGAAGAGCCGAGCGUGACCCAUAUGAGAGCAUUGACCUUGACCGUUCGCAUAUUCUACACCUGAGAAGCCCAGCAUGAAUACCACGGAGCGCAGUAAACGUCAGAAGCAGCGCAAAGUCCUGCUCAUGGGUCGCUCGGGAGCGGGCAAGUCUUCGAUGCGAUCCAUUAUCUUCAGCAACUACGUAGCAAAGGAUGUACGGAGACUGGGCGCCACCGUAGACGUUGAGCAUAGCAACAUCAGAUUCAUGGGAAAUCUUAUGCUGAAUCUAUGGGACUGUGGCGGUCAAGACUCUUUCGUGGAGUCUUACCUCACCAACCAGCGCUCUCACGUUUUCACAUCUGUUGCUGUGCUUAUCUUCGUUUUCGACAUAUCUUCAAGAGAAGCUGCAGCGGACUUGUUGAACUUUGCGUCAACGAUCAGGGCUCUGCAUGAGUUCAGUCCCAACAGUAGAGUGUUCAUACUGAUUCAUAAGAUGGACCUCAUCCCGGCCGAUCAGAAGUCUCGAGUUUUCCAGCAACGCGCGGUAGAGGUACGCUCAACCUGCGAAGACGAAGGCUUCCUUGAGCAGCAGGUCGACUUCUGGGCGACGUCAAUAUGGGAUCAAAGCCUAUAUCGCGCAUGGACGCAGGUGAUCUACUUCCUCGUGCCAAAUGCUACGGUCAUCGAGCGCAUGCUGCAGAAGUUGGCUGAGUUGUUGGAUGCUCGAGAGCUUGUACUAUACGAAAGAACGACAUGCUUGGUCGUCACCCACAUCACGCGCGGCAGCGAAGGACAAAAUCCUUACAGCGACAGAUUCGAGCGGCUAAGCAGCAUAUUAAAGACCCAUAAGCAUUCUAUGGCAAAGCAUACCGGUACUUUGGCGUCUGAGGUCUCGUUCGCGGAGAUGCAGGUCAAAACUGGCGAAUUCAUGUUCUUCAUCACGCGGCUGACAGAGAACACGAACCUGGCAGUAGUGAUGCCAAGCGAUGAAGCUACUUUCAAUGCAGCUAGGGUGAAUGUGCAGCUUGCAAGGCAGGAGUUUGCUCACCUCGACAUUGUUGAGAAACGGAGCAAGGAUGCUGCGCGGUUCGCAGGCAUGAGAGACAGCCUUGGCAGUGAUGACAUUGCGUCAAAGGGCAGCGAAGAUGAAGAGAUCGCUUUUGCAAGACCGAAGGACCGCUAG